AUGAGCUCACACUUAAUUUUACACUUCUUGCCCACCAACUGUGCCACUCUCUCACUCCCCUCAGUCUCUUUAGUUUUGAGUGUGUGUGUGCUGCUGCUGUCUGCACUGACUGUUUCUGCAGUCUCUCUGUCUGUCAGUCCAAACCUUCAGCAGUUCUUCAGAGGAUCUUCUUCAGUGUCUCUGAGCUGUGUUGAUGAUGAUGGACAGACAGUUGAUGGAUGGACAGUGAAGAGGAGCAGAGGAGGACACACUGAGGACUGUGGAGCAGCUGCAGGCUUAUGGAGGGAUGAUGGUUCCUUCUGUGUUCUGGAUCUCUCUGGUCCAAAUGAAAACUUCUGGUGUGAAACCAGAUCUGGACAGCAGAGCGAUGAAGUGUCCAUCAGUGUUUCAGAUAAAGAUCUGAUCCUGGAGAUCCCUGCACUUCCUGUGAGGACAGGAAGUGAUGUCACUCUGCGUUGCAGACAGAAGAAUGGUGCCUUAGUCUCAGCUCAUUUCUACAUCAAAAGUAGUUCUGUUGGACCUAAAUCAGAGGUCGUCAUCACUAACGUCCAGCAGUCUGAUGAAGGUUUCUACUCGUGUUCUACUGAUCUUUUGGGAUCAUCUCCUCAGAGCUUUCUGAGGGUCAGAGGUCCUCCUACUGUCUGUCCUCCUCCCUCUCCUCCUGUAAGCUCUCCUGUCUCCAUCCACCCCCCAGCCUCCUGCCCUCCUCCUCCUCCUCCUCCUCCCUCUUGCUUGAUCCCAGUUGCAGCAGGUCUGGUUUCUGUGGGUCUUCUGGUUCUUCUGGUUCUGGUUGGAGUUCUGGUUGGAGUUCUGGUUGGAGUUCUGGUUGGAGUUCUGCUCCUUAGGAGGAAACUCAAAGGAAGAAAUGAGUCUCCUCCUGUAGAUGUGACCUACGCUGAUGUCACCAUCAGACAGACAGCCAAUCAGAGAGGUAGGUGCCAAAAGUACAGGCUGGUGAAAAAGGUGUUCACAGGAUUCUAA